UGUCAAUUAGCUUUGUACUGACAUUUCUCUUGUCAUUCCAAUUUCCAUUCUUUCUUUUAGUGUCAAAAUUUCGUCAAAAUGACGAAGGGUACGUCAAGUUUUGGUAAGCGCCGGAAUAAGACUCACACACUGUGCAGAAGAUGUGGAAGAUCCUCCUACCACAUCCAGAAAUCUAAAUGCGCGCAAUGUGGAUAUCCCGCAGCUAAACUGCGAUCCUACCACUGGUCCGUGAAGGCUAAGCGCAGGAAGACCACCGGAACUGGCCGCAUGCGUCACCUUAAGAUUGUGCGCAGGCGUUUCCGUAACGGUUUCAAAGAGGGAAUCCCUACUCCCAAAAAAGCUGUAGCCUCCUCAUCUUAAGUACUAAGUAAAAACUUAAAAACCA